UUCCGACAUGGAGAAUAAGCCACCUGUAAUCAACCUUCCAGAGAAGGAAACUGUGAAUACUCCACAGAAGGGAGGAAAAUUUACUAUUAACGAUUUCGAGAUCGGAAGACCACUGGGAAAAGGAAAAUUCGGCAGUGUUUACCUGGCUCGCACAAAAACUGGACAUUUCCAUGUAGCGAUCAAGGUUCUAUUCAAAUCGCAACUCAUCUCAGGAGGCGUCGAGCAUCAAUUGGAGCGUGAAAUUGAGAUUCAAUCUCAUUUGAAUCACCCGAAUAUUAUCAAGCUCUACACAUAUUUUUGGGAUGCGAAGAAGAUCUAUCUCGUUUUGGAAUAUGCCCCCGGAGGCGAAAUGUACAAGCAAUUGACAGUGAGCAAGAGAUUCUCAGAGCCAACAGCUGCAAAAUAUAUGUAUGAGAUCGCAGAUGCUUUGUCAUAUUGCCACAGGAAAAAUGUGAUUCAUCGCGACAUUAAACCGGAGAAUUUGCUUAUCGGAUCACAAGGAGAAUUGAAAAUUGGAGAUUUUGGAUGGAGUGUUCAUGCUCCUUCGAAUAAGCGCCAAACAAUGUGCGGAACAAUGGACUAUCUCCCUCCUGAAAUGGUGAAUGGAGCCGAUCACAGUGACGCAGUUGACUUAUGGGCAAUCGGCGUUCUCUGCUAUGAGUUUCUCGUUGGAAAACCCCCAUUCGAGCACGAAGAUCAGUCCAAGACAUAUGCGGCAAUCAAAGCGGCACGGUUUACUUACCCUGAUUCUGUGAAGAAGGGUGCACGAGAUUUGAUUGGAAGAUUGCUUGUCGUUGAUCCCAAGGCUCGCUGUACGCUUGAACAGGUGAAGGAACACUACUGGAUCCAGGGAAUGAUGGAGGCAAAAAUUAGAGCUGAGAAGCAGCAAAAGAUUGAAAAAGAAGCAAGUCUUCGGAAUCACUGAUCAACUACUGAUUUUCCCGUCCUUCUUUCAAUCAUCUCGUCUGUCUGUCAAAUAAAGGAUCUCAUCACAUUUACUAGAAAUUUUAAAAAGUGAAAUAACUUGUCAACCAAUUUUUCAUGUAGUUUUUGUUUCGCGAACUCUAUUAUUCCCAAUCGUCUAACCCCAUUCAUUCAACAUAAAUUUAUUU